CUGGGACCGCGCGGCGCGGGGCGCGCUCUCGCCUCUCCUGCACCCUCGGCCGGCGCGCUUCUCUUAUGGGCGUCUGCUGCAGGCGGGCUGCGGUGGAACUGAAGGCGGCGGCGGGAGACCAAACUUAGACCCCGCUGAGCGCUAGAGAACUCAGAGAAGGCAGAGGGAGAGGGAGAGAGAGAGAGAGAAGGGACCCGAGGAGGAGGCUUCCGUCACGUCAUUGCAGGAUGUUCUGGAAGCUUUCCCUGUCCUUGUUCCUGGUGGCCGUACUGGUGAAGGUGGCGGAAGCCCGGAAGAACCGGCCGGCGGGCGCCAUCCCCUCGCCUUACAAGGACGGCAGCAGCAACAACUCGGAGAGAUGGCAGCACCAGAUCAAGGAGGUGCUGGCCUCCAGCCAGGAGGCCCUGGUGGUCACCGAGCGCAAGUACCUCAAGAGUGACUGGUGCAAGACGCAGCCGCUGCGGCAGACGGUGAGCGAGGAGGGCUGCCGGAGCCGCACCAUCCUCAACCGCUUCUGCUACGGCCAGUGCAACUCCUUCUACAUCCCGCGGCACGUGAAGAAGGAGGAGGAGUCUUUCCAGUCCUGCGCCUUCUGCAAGCCUCAGCGCGUCACCUCCGUCCUCGUGGAGCUCGAGUGCCCCGGCCUGGACCCACCCUUCCGACUCAAGAAAAUCCAGAAGGUGAAGCAGUGCCGCUGCAUGUCCGUGAACCUGAGCGACUCGGACAAGCAGUGAGCGCCGGGCCGGACGCAGCUCAGCCCCGCGCGCGCCCGGCCGCUGGGUGGCGCCGCCGCCACCUCUGUCCCUGCCCUCCGAGCCCACUCUCACGCUGCCUGGUGUCCCCCCUCAGCAGCAAGCACGUCUCUUAGGGCUGACGGUGUCCUUGUCACAAAGGUGGAUCGCAAGUGGAGCUUUUGCUGAUGUGUUCCUGACCGACCCCGGGCCCCACCUGUGCCCCCCGAAACCAGGUGGUGGAUCAGGCCCGAAGGAAAAUGCUGGAAAACCACCACCCGCCACCCAGCAGUCAGAGAGGACCUUUCAAGGUGAUGCACUGUAAAUCCGAC